AUGCUGCACUUGAUUUCUUGUGUGAGCCGAGGUUCGGUCAGGCAGACAGAGCAUGGCGGAACACGGGACACAAAAUUGGACGGUGUAGAACGAUUGCAGUUAGCAAAAAUAAAGUUUAUUCUAAACCUGUUGGUGUCGCAUCGUCAGUUACCACCACGACAAUAUGGUCGAAAUGAACGGAAAACAGACGCCAGUUUGGGCCGCACGGCAAUUCAUCCAGGCGGGACUGUGAUAGAAAAGUGGGCACUGCCCGACACAGAUAAGGGCUUGAAAAAACUGGCAGGCAAGUGA